ACCACUACAAAGAGCGUCUUCCUCAAAAUGGGCCUCUUUAGCUGACUUGCUUGCGUCUAUGGAAUGAAGUCAAGCACGAGGGCACAAAGAUAUAUGACGCACGAGGGCACAAAGAUAUAUGACGCCAUUCCUUGGAAUUCAAUAAAGCAGUUUGACAUUUCUCCGCCACCCCCACCCUAUAUAAACCUCUACCCAUUUCCACAUAAACCACCAUCACCACCACUACAAAGAGCGUCUUCCUCAAAAUGGGCCUCUUCAAAAGCCUCUCCAUUUCCUCCUUCCUUCUCAUCACCCUCUUCUUCACCUCCGCCCAUGCAGCCAUUUUCAAUAUCCAAAACCGUUGUUCCUACACAGUUUGGGCAGCAGCUGUGCCGGGUGGGGGUAGGCGCCUCGACCCGCGUCAGUCCUGGAGCUUGACUGUGAACCCUGGGACAACUGGAGCCCGUAUUUGGGCCCGGACCGGCUGCAGCUUCAAUGGGGCUGGGCGUGGGCGUUGUCAGACCGGGGACUGCGGUGGCGUCCUCCAAUGCACAGCCUAUGGUGCACCCCCCAACACCUUGGCUGAAUUCGCACUUAACCAGUUCAACAACCUGGACUUCUUUGAUAUAUCCUUGGUCGAUGGGUUUAAUGUGCCUAUGGCUUUUAACCCUACCUCCAAUGGGUGCUCCCGUGGAAUACGGUGCACGGCCAACAUCGUGGGACAGUGCCCCAAUCAGCUCCGAGCUCAGGGUGGCUGCAAUAACCCAUGCACCGUUUUCAAGACCGAUCCGUACUGUUGCAAUUCCGGGAGCUGUGGCCCUACAGAUUACUCAAGGUAUUUCAAGACUAGGUGCCCUGAUGCUUACAGCUACCCUAAGGAUGAUCAAACCAGCACCUUUACAUGCCCUGGUGGUACCAACUAUGAUGUUAUCUUCUGCCCAUAAAGCCUCUAUUAACUAUAGUAUGCAUGUACUCGCUAGUCCAAACUACUAGGGUGCUUUUGAGUCCAAAAGCCUAGAGGAAUAAAUUUGAAUAAAUUUGAGCACAUGUAUGUGUACUACAUGCGAUCGUGUAACAAAAUUUCUAAGCUAGUUGAAGAAAUGGAUGUUUUUACGAGGGAUUUUACCGAUAUUA